UUGAAAGCGUCCAAAUGAACCAGCGUCGUGGCAUGUUUCAACUUCCGGGUUUUUGCAGCUGUAACUUGCAAGGAUGGAAAUAACGUUUUCAUGCGUAUUCUGUACUGUGGCAUUCUUAGCCGCUGUCUUAUUUGUGUUGCUUGUAAUUGGUAUAUACAUGACAUCAAAGCCGUAUCCAAACCUUGGCAGAUAUGAGAGUGAAAAGUUCUAUGAGGAUCCAUCCAAAAAUGAGAAAUUCCGGUUCCCAAGUAUACAUGACCCACCCAGCAUAGAUCUGUCAGUUAUUGUGCCAGCAUACUUCGAGGAAGACAGAUUACCGUCUAUGAUGGAUGAAGCACUUGGAUAUCUUGAAGCUAGACAGAAAAAGAAUCCAUCAUUUAGUUACGAAAUAAUUGUGGUCAAUGAUGGCAGUACAGAUAAAACUACAGAAACUGCCUUGGAAUACAGCAAGAACUAUGGUACAGAUAAAGUUAGAGUACUCGCUUUAGAGAAAAACAGAGGUAAAGGAGGAGCUAUACGACUGGGUAUGUUUGUUGCUAGAGGGAGACAACUCUUGUUUGCUGAUGCAGAUGGUGCUAGUAAAUUUAGUGAUCUUGACAAACUGGAGACGGAGAUGUCUAAACAGAAGAACUCGGAUAAUAUGGCUGUAGUAUGUGGAUCCAGGGCACAUUUAGAGCAGGAAUCUAUAGCACAGAGGUCAUUAUUUAGGACAAUUUUAAUGUAUGGAUUUCAUUAUCUUGUGUAUUUUCUGUGUGUGAAAGGAAUUAAAGAUACACAGUGUGGAUUUAAAUUGUUAACACGAGAGGCAGCUAUUUUACUUUUCUCAAAUCUACAUGUAGAACGAUGGGCAUUUGAUGUAGAUUUGUUAUACCUAGCUCAAACAUUUAACAUUCCAAUAGGAGAGGUAGCUAUAUCUUGGCAGGAAAUUGAAGGUUCCAAAAUGAUUCCCAUUUGGAGCUGGCUACAGAUGGGUAGAGAUUUGUUGUUGAUACGUUUACGCUAUAUAUUGGGUGCCUGGCGCAUCAAUAAAAAUCCAAAAACAGAAUGAAAACACCAUAAACUGUGAUACUAUCAUACUGCUUUAAUUUUAAGUGUUCUUUGAUGAUCAAAAGAAAGUGGUCAUAUUAUUGUGAAAAUCAUGCUGGUCAGUGGGUGUUUUUCAGCAAUUGGCAAAGUGCCAAGGCAGUCAGUAUAACUUUUGCACAGAGCUUAUUUGCAGCAUUUAUUUGUUUGUUCAGAUUUUAGCUCACCUGAGCCAAAGGCUCAUGGUGAGCUUCUGUGACCGAUCAGUGUCCGUCAUCCAUCUUCAGUCGUGCGGUGUCCGUCGUCCGUCGUGUGUCCGUCAACAUUUUCUGAAAAAAUCUUCUUGAAAACCACUGGGCAGAAUUACAUCAAACUUCACAGGAAUGAUCCUUGGAUGGCCCCCUUUCAAAAUUAUUCAAAGAAUUUCAUUCCAGGCGUACUCUGGUUGCCAUGGCAAAGGAAAGGAAAAACUUUAAAAAUCUUGUCCAAAACUGCAAGGCAUUGAGCCUUGAUAUUUGGCAUGUGACAUCAUCUAAUGGUCCUCUAUGAAGACGGUUCAAAUUGUGCCCCUGGGAUGAAAAGAGACCCCUAGUUUUACAUAGUCUUAUAUAGGAAAGAACUUUAAAAAUAUUCUUGUCUGAAACUACAAGACCGAGGCCUUUGAUAUUUUGUAUGUGGCAUUGCCUUGUGGUACUCUAUGAAGAUUGUUCAAAUUGUGCCCCUGGGGUGAAAAGAGGCCCUGCCCUGAGGAUCCUAAGUUUUACGUAGACUUAUAUUGGAGAAAACUUUAAAAAUCUUCUUAUCUGAAACUAAAAGACCUAGGCUUCAGAUAUUUGGUAUGUAGCAUUGCCUAGUGGACCUCUAACUGAAUUAUUCAAAUUAUGCCCCUGGAAUAAAAAGAGGCCCCACCAUGCGGGUCACUUGUUAUAUGAGUUAUAUAGGAAAAAAUACUUAAAAAAUUAUCAGAUCAUAUUUCCUAGACUGUUUAAUUAUAUUUACCUGAUGUACCCAAGUGAUUAUGGGUCACCUUACUGUGACCUUGACCUACUGACCUACUUUCUUGUUUUUUAAGAUACAGCCUUGAAAUUUGGAUGACAUGUACAGUUUUGCAUACCGAUCUGAAAACUGACUUUCAGUGACCAUGAAUUUGACCUACUGACCUACUUUCUAGUAUUUUAGCAUCAGUUUGCCAUUUGAAACAUGUUGCUCGUAUUACUCAGGUGAGCGAUUGAGGGCCAUCAUGACCCUCUUGUUUAAGAAGUGAAACAUAAGAUUAUGUACUUAAGGUAAAUGCCAGGAUAAACUGCAGGAUCAAGAUUAAGAAAAUAUUGAGCAACUAAAAGCAUGUGAGUGUUUAAAGAAUGUAAACAUUUGAAUUGUGAGGCAGUUCAGAGCUAUAAGGAGUACUUGUAGUUAUGGUAAAAAUGUGGCUGAAAACCUCUGUGGUUUCUGAUCCUGAACAAAAGGAAGUAGGUAAACAAGACUUGGAAAAUUGUUUCUACACAGUAUGUCAGUAGAUAAGAUACACAUUGAACUUAAUAAAAACUAGGAUGAAAUAUUUUAAUGUUGAAUCAGUAUGAAGUAUGCAAACUGGCACUGCACUGAUUUUUUUACAAGUAUAUAAUUAUAGACAAAUAAGAAAAAAACACUUGUUUUGGAGGGGGUGAUGAAGGCAAAUAUUCAUCAAUUUUAUUGAUGAAACAAUUUUCAUUUACUUCACAACUAGCACACUUGCAAUAAAUGUAUUAUAGAAGCCAAAUUUUAAAACCAAAUUAUAUAUUUUGAGUAUUUAUUUAUAACAAUGCUGGGGUAUGGUUGUUAAUGUGUGUCACAAAGUCUUGAUUCACCAUGGAACACAACACACUGAUGGGGAAUUAUUCAUAUUUUAUUUUAAAAUCUGUCACUAAGUUUUACUAACAAAAUUUAACAGUGUCUGUCCAACAAUUAUCAGAGUAACAAUAUUAUUUAAUGUAAUUGUAUCCAAAUUUUAAGUAUAAAUCAUAUAGAGAAUAUAUCCAGAUGUACAUCACAAAGUUUGAUCACUAAGUCAAGUCUUAUUCUUUUGUUGUGUGUGUCUUUGAUAUUGCCAAGCUUUUAUACAGAAGAUAUAGCUUGAAGGUUGUCUGGUCAUAAUAAAAAUGUCAUAAAAAUAAUAUUUCAAAUGGCAGUCAGACAACUCAAUAGCAUCCUAAUUUGUUUGGUAAACUGUCUGGACACUGGCUUUAGUCUUAGGCCCAGAUAGUUUUUAUGAUUAGUCCAAUUUGUUUUACAUUAUGAAAAGGGGUUUCUGAUGACUUUAUUUGACCAGCAGGCUUAAUUUAUUUGCUUUGAGUAUACAUGUGAAUUGCUCAAUGUGGGCAUUGCACAAUAUAUGAUGCAAUAAAUAUAAUCUAUUUACUAAUCAGAGAAUUAAAUUAAGGUUGUUCAGUAAUUAACAUUAAGGUAAAACUAUAGAGUUUAAACAACAAUAUCUGAAAAACCAAUUGUUCAAAAUUUACAGUGUAAUAUAUUAUUUGUUUAUUUACGUUAGUUGUUUCUUUGAAAGUUUGAAGAAGUAAAACAAGAACAGACACUGGGAAUAUUGGUAUCGGAUAAAUGUAUGACAAUUCUAAGACAAUUUUAGAUGUAUUGGUAUCAGGUAGAUAAUGUGUGUUAAUAUAUGUAUAGAUUGAUCAUCAAACAGCUGUGUAUAAUGAUAUAUUUAUUUUUCGUUCAUGACAAUAUUUUAUAAUUUUAUUCUUGCUAAGAAUACCAGAUCUGUAGAACCUAUGCACAGAAAAAUUGUAUGGAAACUCGUUGUGUUAACAACCUCAUUUUACCUGCUAUCAGUGUAAUUGUUUGUAAUUCAAAUAAAUUUGAUGAAGAAGAUUAACAUGCUGUAUUUUAGAUAUAUUGUAUAUUCCAUUAGUUAAUUUUGUUUAUUAAAAAAGUAGCAGUUAUAUGCUUGUGUAAGGAGGAAUUUGUUAGUAAGCAGAUAGAGAUGUGGGGUAUACAGAAUCACUGCAUUUUAAAAGUUAAAAUAUUUUAAUUAUUUCGAAUUAAUAAUAUUUUCUGAGCUGUGUUCAGAUUCUACAGAACUGACUGGUAGUGGGUGCAAUCCAAAAAAUGUUUUUUACAUAAAGCCUUUAAUUAUUAUUUCAAAGAUUGCUUUAUUCUAUAUUGUACUUUAAUAUGGGGAUCUUUCAUAAAUGAUUUUUUUUAACAAUUUAUUUCUUUUUUCUAGAAUUGAUAGUACUUUCUUAUUGUAAAUGUAAAACCAGCAUGAUGCUGACAUAUAUGAGCAUGCACAUCUAAGAAAUUAAUGACAGAUUUGUACUCUCAUUGUGUUUUUAGCUCACCUGAACACAGUGCUCUAGGUGAGCUAUUUUGACCACCCUUUGUCUGUCACCGUGAGUCGUCGACAGAGUGACUGUUUACACUUAAAAGGUUAAAAUUUAAGUCCAGUCUUAUUGAAACUGUCAAAAUAUUACCCUCAAUAAAACCUUGGAUAAGUUCAUUAAUGGGUCAUAUGGGGUCUGUCAAAACUAGAUCACUAGAUCAAUUAAUAAGAAAACCUUGUAAACACCGAGAUAUAACAUUUUCUACCUCGUCUAGAUGAAAAUCAGCCAGAAUGUUUGUCUGUUUAAAAUCUAGGACAAACUUGGUUACAAAACGAGUUCAAAAGAGGCCACAAUUGAUCUUCAGAAAAUUUUGUCAGAAUUUGUCUUUUUGAAAUCUAGGUCAAAUUUAAAAGUUCAAAAACUAGUUCAUAAGAAAACUUGUUGACACUCUUUAACACUAGUUUUCUUCUUAGGCUCCUAGAUAUUUGUCAUGAUGUUUGUCUCUAUAAAAUGUAGGUCAAGAUCAGAACUUCGUUAACAAAGGUCCUAAACAAGGUCACUAGGUCAAAUCAUAGAAAAACAUUGCUCACGCUCUAGAGGCCACAAUUAUUAUUUAUAUUCAUAAAACUCUUGUCAGAAUGUUCGUCUCUUUGAAAUCUUAAAUCAGUUUCCUAAAUGGGUAACUAGAGAUCUUUAACUUAAAUUGGUCAUAUCAUAGAAAAACCUUGUCAACACUCAUUUUAUACUAGAUCUUCGUAAACCUUUUUCAGAAUGUUUGUCUGUAUGAAAUUUAGAACAAGUUUGACACUGGGGUCAACAAUAAGAUGACUAGGUUAAAUCGUAGAAAGACAUUGUUAACAUUUUCUACCUUCAUGAGAUUAGGUCAGAAUGUUGAUCUCUUUAAAAUGUAGAAUAAAUUUGUGACUGGGUUACUUGUGAAAAAACUAGGUCUGUUAGGUCAGACCAUAGAAAAACUUUGAUUACACUUUAGAGAUUAAUACUACACCUUGAUCAUCAUAAAUCUUUGCCAGACUGUUUGUCUGUAUGAAAUCUAGGUCUGGUUCAAAUUAUGUCACUAGGUCAGAUAAUUGAUAAACUUGGUUAAUGAUCUUACCAACUACAUAAACAUGGUGAAAAUGUUUGUCUUUAUGAGAUGUAGGCCAGAUUAGAAACUAGGUUAUCUGUGAUAAGAAUUACAUCAGGUGAGCAGUACAAGGCCUUGGGCACUCUUAUUUACUAGUUAAAAUCUCUAAAAUAUCAAAACUGUAUCUUAUUUCUGGAAUAGGUACUUCAAAAUUCUGUGAUUGUAUUCUUCUGAAUUAGUUUCUAUUCACAAGUGCAAACUUUAAAAAGUUGUUAUAUUUAAUUAUGUUGAUAAAAAUAAAAUGAAUUAUUAGAAACCUUCA